AUGGCUUACAAUCUUCGAUGGGGGAUCCUCGCUACCGGAGGAAUCGCAGAAACCUUUGUAAAGGAUCUGCUGUUGAACCCAAGUAAGAGAGGAGUUACAGACGUUGCUCACACUGUGGUCGCUGUCGCAUCCUCCUCCUCCAAGUCUUCAGCGGACUCAUUCGUCCAAAGACUCCAGAUUCCCAGACCAUGCGCGACAUACGGAUCUUACAAAGAGGCCGUUACCAACCCCGACGUCCAAGCAGUCUAUGUGGCCAGUCCUCACUCGCACCACUUUCAACACGCUAUGCUUGCCUUGGAAGCUGGUAAGCAUGUUCUUUGUGAAAAGGCCUUCACCGUAAACGCAGCCCAGGCCAAGGUCUUAUGUGAAGUUGCCCAGAAGAAAGGCCUUUUCCUGAUGGAAGCUGUCUGGACCCGGUACUUCCCACUCAGCAUUCAGGUCCGAGAGCUCGUGCAAUCCGGAGCUGUCGGGGAGGUUCUGCGUGUGGUCUCUGACCUGAGCAUUGGAGCUGAUCCUGAGACGGCUUGGAAGAGCGACCAUCGCAUGGUGAAUAAGGAUUUGGCGGGUGGUGCCCUCCUCGACUUGGGUGUUUAUGCUCUUACCUGGGUCUUCCAAAUUCUUUACCACACCCUGCCUCGUGCUCAGCGUAGAGCCCCAUCUCAGAUUACCUCUCACAUGUCCAAAUAUCCUGGGACUGGAUCAGACGAGGAGGCAACAAUGCUCUUAACAUUCCCAACGACAACACCGUCCGCACUCCCCAAACGCACCUCGCACGCCGUGGCAAUGACGGCCUUUCGAGUUGCAACCGACCCAGACAACCGCGGUUCUGCUGGUCCCUCCAUUCAGAUCCACGGAACCAAGGGCCAUAUCUUAAUAUUUGGGCCUGCCUAUCGCCCGGAGAGAUACCGGGUUGUACCAAAGGCCGAGCCAGGUCAGACCGCAACUUUCCAAGACGUCCAUGUCCCUAUUCCCGGAGAUGCGCGGGGCAUGUUCUGGGAGGCCGACGAAGUUGCCCGUUGUGUGCGUGACGGGAAGCCUGAAAGUGAUACACUUCCUUGGGAGGAGAGUAUUGUUAUCAUGGAAGUUAUGGACCAGGUCCGUCAACAGGGGGGGUUGGUGUAUCCAGAGAGCAUCGAAUCGACAACCUACCCGCUGGAUCUCUGA